GGCCCCGCUCUCGGCAGUAGGGGUGUGCUGCUCGAUGGUCACGCCCCUGCCUCUGAGUGACAGGACUGUGGACAACAACACUCCCACUUGGACUUGAAGUUUGUCGGCCCUUGGCUUGGCUGAGCUGAGACGAUAUUUUGGAGCUAAACGAUGGGUAGAAAAGAUUCCUCGACUACAAAACUUCCUGUUGAUCAGUAUAGAAAGCAAAUUGGUAAACAGGAUUAUAAAAAAAACAAACCUAUUUUACGAGCAACCAAAUUAAAAGCAGAAGCAAAGAGAACAGCAAUAGGCAUAAAGGAAGUUGGCCUUGUACUGGCAGCUAUUCUGGCCCUUCUGCUGGCUUUCUACGCUUUCUUUUAUCUCAGACUGUCAACGGAUAUGGACUCUGAUUUGGACCCAGAUGAAGACUAGCUGAACAGCAAUCUGCAUAGAAGGGAACUAAUUUUUAUAGAAGCACAUUUUGAGACAAAUAUAUUCUGAAGUACUUAGGACUUAAGUUUUUAAAAAUAUUUUCUUCUGGUACUUUCAGCUAUCAGAAUUAUCUUUUUGCACAGGAUAUCAGUAAGAGGACACAUCCUAGCAAUCUAGUGCAAUGUAUGGUUUUUGAUACUUUUAUAAGAAUUCCUUCUUUGAUAGGUAUUAAUUUAAAUAAAAUAGAUUUAGGAUGCUAAAUUUUUCACGUGUGUUACUGUACUUAAGCGUGUAAUUCCAUCAGUUACAGAAUAUUAGAUAUUGUUUUGUUCUAUGUGUAUCACAAGUGAAAUUAUCUAUCAUCAUUUACAGAGGCAUACUCAAAUCAUAUUCAUAGCAGAAGAAGAAAUGUAAAGGCAUGGGAAAUUUUACUUUACAAAGAUGCCCUGCUUUCCUUCCAGACAUAUUUUAUAUCACAAGAGAGACUAUCUGCACACACAUCUACAGUCAUCUUUUUCCUUCCUUGCCAACUGUUAGUGCACAUGUGCUCCAUCAGAGAUGGCACCUGGAUGACAGAAGCUCAAAGAGUCACAUAUGUCUCUAAGACAGAGUUCCUUUCCUUUCAGGCUUCCUGGUGUAAAUAGAAAGUUCAGUUGAUCUUGAUUUUAAUUAGCUUAUUACUCUAUUAAUAUAAAGUUGAAAUUCUAUUUUAAUUAUAUCGUUCUGGCUGCCUGAAGUAUCAGUUGCCCCUGUGUUAGGGAGAUAUGUAACAAUCUGUCACUUAAUUGUGCAGGCAUUUUCAUGCCACAGAAUUAGCAGAAGCACUUCAUACACAGAACAUUUUCCUGGGUAGACUCCUAAGUCUGAACAUUACAAAGUAGUUAAAGCUAUAUUUUGUUUUUUCUGAGAAUCAGUUAAAACUCUGUAAUUAAAAAUAAAUUCACAUCAGAUUACUUUCUAUGCACUGUUCUAUAAGUUUUUGGCAUAGUUUUCAUUUGUUGUAGCCUAAUGGUUAUUUAGUAUGUUUAUCAGGAGCAAAAUUUUUAAUACAUUUUCUAAAACACAUGAACACAUGAAGCUCAGAAAAUUGGAAAAUAUCUUCACAAGAGAGUUUUUACAUUUACUACCUAAUGUAAAGAAUAUAGAACGUUGACAUUUUGAAACAUGUACAUGAUGUUUUAAAGUAUAUACAUUAUAUUUAUGCAAAAUAGAAACAAUAUUGUUUCUGUACCUGUGAAUUAAUAAAAGCUUUAAUAAGUA